GUGCGGAUAUUCAAUUCAUUGCGGUUUACUGUUUAUAGAUCGAGACCAACGCAGGCAUUAUAAUAUAUAGAGAUAAUGUCUCUUCUAUCUUCUGCGAGGCUUUUACGCUACGGCAGCAGUGUCUGUCGGGAAUGCAGACUAACGCUCCUACGAUCAUCAUCAACAAGCUCACGCUACACACCUCCAGUCAAAAUCACUACGGACGAAGAGCUUGACAAGAUAUUUUCAGAGCCUACAUGGACAGUCCAGUCUCUUCUUUCACAAAGCAAUCCGGAAGAGCUACAUUCAGAUAUCAACCCUUCGAGUUUGCGACAGCUGCUGCGGCGAUCGGGCUUGCAGUUUCCGAAAGACGAGCAGGAAGAGCGGAAGCUGCUCUUUGACUUGCAACGACAGCUGGUAUUUGUCGACCAUGUACAGGAUAUCGACACAUCAGGGAUUGAACCUCUCAACAGAAUAGGGGAGGACGGAGAAAAGCUGCAAUGGGAAGAUCUUCAAACUGAAGAUAACGAGAGCGAGAUAUUGAGUGUCAAGCAUUUUAGCGAAAAGCUCGACCGAGGAUACUACGUUGUUCGCGAUAAUUCAGGGAUACGCGAAUGAUUCUUUUACGAGUUUCAUGUAUAUACAUAUAGUAUAAA